AUGCUGUCAAGGUUUACGCUUAUUAGCUUAUUGGCGUGGGCAACGUAUGCGUAUGUAGUCAGGUAUCAGUGGGCAAGCGAAGGAAGAAACGGUCUCGAACUGGUGGCCCAAUUGCGCGGUAUUGAGCCUCCAAGGCUUUGGGGCUGGAGAGGGUAUUGGUGGGCCAGUCAGACAGGAUGCGCAUGA